CGUGCGUGCGUGCCUGCGCCUGCGGGGAGAGGCUGCGUGGAGAGCCGGCGACCAGGGCUGGCCUCUUGGAGGCCAGCAGAAGUCGAAAGCGGACUCAGCCCCAGGGCACAGCCCCGGGCUGGAAGAAGGAACAGAACUUGGCAGAGUUUGGGAGGCGCUGGGAGAGGACUGGCUUCACCUCCCUCCCUUCCCGGCUCCUACACUCUCCUCUACCUCCCUCCCUCGCAUGCCCACCUAAAGGGGCUCGGGCCGCCUGUCAUCCCCACUCUCAGGUUUCGUGGCGCGGGGUGGCCACGCUCCUUCCCUCCCCGCCCCAUUUCCAUUUGCACGCACACUCUGCAGCCCGAUCCUCAAGCUGGAGACCUCUGGACUCUGGGCCUCCGAGUUCUGAGUGUGGGCAGCCGAGACCAGCGAGGCACCGCGCGCGCGCGCGCCAUGGCCGGUCGGCCAGCAGGUCCUGGAGCCGGGGACUGGGAGAUCGACGUGGAGAGCUUGGAGCUGGAGGAAGAGGACGGCCGUGGGGCGCCGCCGCCGCCGCCACCCUCGCCACCCAGCCCGCUGGCGGCGGCCCACGGGGCCGGCGAGGAGGAAGAGGAGGAGGACGACGACGACGACGCGGAGGACGCAGACCCGGAGGAGGACGGUGACAGCGAGGAGACGGGCGCCUCGCCACCGCCGCGGGGCCCGGGCGGGCCGGAGCCAGCGGGGGAAGAGCGGCCGCCGAGGCCCCCGCCCCCCGCGCCCGGGCCGUCGCUGCCGCCGUCCGGCCCGGCGGAGCGCGGGGCCGAGGCGGGCGGCGGCCCCGAGCCGCGCAAGCUGAGCCGCACGCCCAAGUGCGCGCGCUGCCGCAACCACGGCGUGGUGUCCUGCCUCAAGGGCCACAAGCGCUUCUGCCGCUGGCGGGACUGCCAGUGUGCCAACUGCCUGCUGGUGGUGGAGCGCCAGCGCGUCAUGGCCGCCCAGGUGGCGCUCCGGAGGCAGCAGGCCACCGAGGACAAGAAGGGACUUUCUGGGAAACAGAAUAAUUUCGAGCGCAAAGCUGUGUAUCAGAGGCAAGUCAGGACACCUAGUUUGUUGGCCAAAAGCAUUUUAGAAGGUUAUCGCCCCAUAACAGCCGAGACUUACCUAGGAGGGACCCUACCUCUGCCUCCUCCAGUUAGUGACAGAAUGAGGAAAAGAAGGGCGUUUGCUGACAAGGAAUUGGAGAACAUUAUGCUGGAAAGAGAGUACAAAGAGAGGGAGAUGUUGGAAACUUCUCAGACUGCUGCUUUGUUCCUGCCCAACCGCAUGGUGCCAGGACCUGAAUACAACUCCUUCAAAAGUGCUUAUAGUCCAUCCCCAGGGGAGCCAGUGAGCAAGGAAUUCUGCAAUUUGAUGCCCACCUGCCUUGAUCUUACCAUGCAGUAUUCAGGAUCUGGGAAUAUGGAACUGAUUUCUUCUAACGUCAGUGUGGCCACAACUUAUAGGCAAUAUCCACUAUCUUCAAGAUUUUUCGUUUGGCCCAAGUGUGGUCCCAUUAGUGACACCCUCCUUUAUCAGCAGUGCUUGCUAAAUGCUACCACCUCAGUUCAAGCCCUGAAGCCAGGGGCCAGCUGGGAGUUGAAAGGAGUCCGGGACGGGCUCAGUGCAGAACAUGACAUGCUGCCUCCCAAACUGGAAGGUCCCAUGGUACUGCCUCACACUCCAGAGAUCCAGACAUCCAGAAGUGACCUGCAGGGUCACCAGGCUAUCCCAGAGAGGUCUGCUUUCUCCCCUCCCCGGCGGAAUUUCUCUCCCAUUGUUGACACGGACUGCCUGGCAGCUCAAGGGCAAGUCUUAAACAAGAUCAGCAAAGAAAACACCAGGCACCCAAUGCCACUUAAACCUAAUCCAUUCCAUUCAUUACUCCAGCAAACACAAAGUGACAAAUUAGGUCCUGAAUUGAAAGCACCACCAUUUGUCAAAGAAGCCUUUGAAGAGACCCCAAAGAAACGCAGGGAGUGUCUGGUCCAGGAAAACCAGAGGUACACAUUUACAAUAGAUAGGUGUGCAAAAGACCUUUUUGUAGCCAAACAAGUUGGAACAAAACUCGCGGUGAAUGAACCGCUGUCGUUUUCUGUCGAGUCUAUUCUCAAGAGACCCUCAUCUGCCGUCACUCAUGUCUCUCAGUGAAACGCUGCUCCCAUGGACAGCUGGAUUCUUCUGCAGUCUCAGAGCAUUCUUGCCAUGUGCUUUUUUUCAUUUUAAAAUAAAUGUUUGUAUAAAGAAAUUUCUAACGUAAAUGAUGAUUCCUACAAAUUCUAUAUAUUCACAUGCAUGUACCUUUCUCUAUCACAUCAAUAUAUUUAAACCUGGAACUUGC